UUCCCGCAGGCAGGGGGCAACAUGACCGAGCCAUAGCCCAGAGACCCUGCAGCGGUUGCGGCGCUGUUCAGCUUCAAUCUGUUCAGAUUACCAGAAGACGUCUGAAUACAGGGAAGGACACUGCUCGUUCUACCCUCAAUAAAUUGUUACCAGAUUGCGGUUCCUAUUCGGGCACGGCAGAGAGAGUGGAUGUAAACAAUAUAGGGGUUUCCCUUUCGUCAGGUUCUUCCAGAAUCUUCUAUUUUGUAUCCUAAUUAAUUGAUGCAGUUGAACAGCGAUUAAAGCAGGUGAUAUCGAUCUGGUUGAAUGGACACGACAAGUGAGAGGCCGGCGGUGAAGAUGCCGGGAGCUGUGUCUCUUUCGGACCGUGAAAUCCCCCCGGGUCAUGGGCAGCAAGGGUGCUCUGGUACCGGGAAAAUAAUGGUAUCAGGCUCGGGUUCCAUGGUUCUACCGGGCGGGAUAAUCAACCCGCAGGUGCCCAUCCGGAAUAUCAAGAUGAAAUUCGCGGUUCUGAUCGGAUUGAUCCAGGUGGGGGAGGUUAGCAACAGGGAUAUCGUGGAGACUGUGCUCAACCUGCUGGUGGGGGGCGAGUUUGACCUGGAGCAGAACUUCAUCAUAGCGGCAGCGGAGAGCCUGGGCUGUGUAGUAGAGCUGUUGGAGCACUGUGAUGUGACCUGCCAGGCUGAGGUGUGGUCCAUGUUCACAGCCAUCCUCAGGAAGAGUGUCCGCAACCUCCAGACCAGCACUGAGGUGGGCCUCAUAGAGCAGCUGCUGCUGAAGAUGAGCUCCGUUGACGACAUGAUCGCAGACCUGCUGGUGGAUAUGUUAGGAGUGCUGGCCAGCUACAGCAUCACAGUGAAGGAGCUCAAAUUGCUGUUCAGUAUGCUGAGGGGAGACCGAGAACUCUGGCCGAGGCAUGCGGUGAAGCUGCUGUCUGUUCUGAACCAGAUGCCUCAGAGACACGGUCCAGACACUUUCUUCAACUUCCCCGGACGCAGUGCUGCGGCCAUAGCGCUGCCUCCCAUUGCUAAGUGGCCUUACCAGAACGGCUUCACUCUCAACACCUGGUUCAGAAUGGACCCUCUAAACAACAUCAACGUAGACAAAGACAAACCAUAUCUCUACUGCUUUCGCACCAGUAAAGGAAUCGGCUACUCUGCACAUUUCGUGGGCAACUGUCUGAUCGUGACAUCGCUGAAGUCUAAAGGCAAAGGCUUCCAGCACUGUGUCAAAUAUGACUUUCAACCUCGGAAGUGGUACAUGAUCAGCAUCGUCCAUAUCUACAACCGCUGGAGGAACAGUGAGAUCCGUUGCUACGUCAAUGGUCAGCUGGUCUCCUAUGGCGACAUGGCCUGGCACGUCAACACCAGCGACAGUUAUGAUAAGUGCUUCCUGGGUUCGUCGGAGACAGCUGAUGCUAACAGGGUAUUCUGUGGUCAGCUGGGGGCCAUCUAUGUGUUCUCUGAGGCUCUCAACCCAGCUCAGAUAUUUGCCAUUCAUCAGCUGGGAGCGGGCUAUAAGAGUACGUUUAAGUUUAAGUCGGAGAGUGACAUCCACCUGGCAGAGCACCAUAAGCAGGUCCUGUAUGAUGGGAAGCUGGCCAGCUCCAUCUCCUUCACCUACAACGCCAAGGCUACAGACGCCCAGCUCUGCCUGGAGUCAUCGCCCAAGGAGAACGCCUCCAUCUUCGUCCACUCACCCCACGCCCUUAUGCUACAGGAUGUGAAGGCCAUAGUGACCCACUCCAUCCACAGUGCCAUCCACUCAAUAGGAGGGAUCCAGGUGCUGUUCCCUCUCUUCUCCCAGCUGGACUACCAUCAACCCAACGACCAGCACAACUACCAGCACCAUGAGACCCAGCUGGAGACUACCGUCUGUGCCACCCUCCUGGUGUUCCUGGUUGACCUGUUGAAGAGCUCAGUGGCGAUGCAGGAACAGAUGCUGGGAGGGAAAGGAUUCCUUGUAAUCGGGUUUCUGCUGGAGAAGUCCUCCAGGGUCCACAUCACUCGUGCGGUCCUGGAGCAGUUCCUGUCCUUCGCUAAGUACCUGGAUGGGUUAACCCAUGGAGCGCCACUCCUCAAACAGCUCUGUGACCACAUCCUGUUCAACGCAGCCAUCUGGAUACACACCCCCGCCAAGGUAAGCCCGACACCCCCCCACCAUGUGGUACAUGAUCAGCAUCGUCCAAUCUACAACCGCUGGAGGAACAGUGAGAUCCGUUGCUACGUCAAUGGUCAGCUGGUCUCCUAUGGCGACAUGGCCUGGCACGUCAACACCAGCGACAGUUAUGAUAAGUGCUUCCUGGGUUCGUCGGAGACAGCUGAUGCUAACAGGGUAUUCUGUGGUCAGCUGGGGGCCAUCUAUGUGUUCUCUGAGGCUCUCAACCCAGCUCAGAUAUUUGCCAUUCAUCAGCUGGGAGCGGGCUAUAAGAGUACGUUUAAGUUUAAGUCGGAGAGUGACAUCCACCUGGCAGAGCACCAUAAGCAGGUCCUGUAUGAUGGGAAGCUGGCCAGCUCCAUCUCCUUCACCUACAACGCCAAGGCUACAGACGCCCAGCUCUGCCUGGAGUCAUCGCCCAAGGAGAACGCCUCCAUCUUCGUCCACUCACCCCACGCCCUUAUGCUACAGGAUGUGAAGGCCAUAGUGACCCACUCCAUCCACAGUGCCAUCCACUCAAUAGGAGGGAUCCAGGUGCUGUUCCCUCUCUUCUCCCAGCUGGACUACCAUCAACCCAACGACCAGCACAACUACCAGCACCAUGAGACCCCAGCUGGAGACUACCGUCUGCCAGGGCUAAGCCUACUGGGUAGUGUAGUCCCAGCCCUGCCCUGGGUUAAGCCUGAUGGUGCCACCCUCCUGGUGUUCCUGGUUGACCUGUUGAAGAGCUCAGUGGCGAUGCAGGAACAGAUGCUGGGAGGGAAAGGAUUCCUUGUAAUCGGGUUUCUGCUGGAGAAGUCCUCCAGGGUCCACAUCACUCGUGCGGUCCUGGAGCAGUUCCUGUCCUUCGCUAAGUACCUGGAUGGGUUAACCCAUGGAGCGCCACUCCUCAAACAGCUCUGUGACCACAUCCUGUUCAACGCAGCCAUCUGGAUACACACCCCCGCCAAGCUUAAACUGUCAUCCAGGGUUACUGUCAAACAGGGUUACUGUGUUUGUGUGUGCGUGUUUGUGUCUGUCUACAGAAGGAAGGUUGAGAUCAUGCACACACACAGUCUCUUCACUCUCUUGGGGGAGAGGCUGAUGCUUCACACUAAUACUGUGUCAGUGACCAUCUACAACGCGCUGUACGAGAUCCUGACAGAGCAGGUGUGUACCCAGGUCGUCCACAAACCCCACCCUGAACCAGACUCUACAAUCAAGAUACAGAACCCCAUGAUCCUUAAGGUAGUAGCGACCCUGUUGAAGAGCUCGUCCCCCAGCGUUGAGCUGAUGGAGGUUCGACGUCUCUUCCUCUCAGACAUGAUCAAACUGUUCAGCAACAGCCGCGAAAACCGACGGUGUCUGCUGCAGUGUUCAGUAUGGCAGGACUGGAUGUUCAGUCUGGGCUAUAUCAACCCUAAAAACCCAGAGGAGCAGAAGAUGAUGGAGAUGGUCUAUAGCCUCUUCAGGAUCCUGCUCUACCAUGCCAUCAAGUAUGAGUGGGGAGGUUGGAGGGUCUGGGUGGAUACACUCUCCAUCGCUCACUCCAAGGUAACAUACGAGGCCCAUAAGGAGUACCUGGCUAAGAUGUAUGAGGACUACCAGCGUCAGGAAGAGGAGAACAUUAAGAAGGGGAGGAAGGGUCUGGUCAGCACCAUCUCAGGCCUGCAGGACCUCCAGGCCGGGGGCAUCCAGGGGAACAUGGAGAUCAGAGAGAUAGACUCCCAGACACAGACCCCGGAGAGCGAGGCUGACUACCCCGAGACCCCCGGCCACCCCCGGAACACAUCGUCAGAGGGGAAGACAAGGGAGGAGGGGGGGCUCGGGGGGACAGGGAGGACGGGGUCAGGGGUCAGAGUGGAGGUUCAUGACCUGUUGGUGGACAUCAAGGCUGAAAAGGUGGAAGCCACAGAGGUGAAGCUGGAUGACCUGGACCUGUCUCCAGAGCCGCUGGGCGUGACAGUGGGUGUGGCCGGGGGUGUUGUCUCUGAGGACAGGGGCGGGGGCGUUGGUCCAGGUGGACUCCCUAUUGGACAACGUUUACUGUGCUGCUGUAGAGAAGCUAAGCAGCAGCGCCGCCAGUGGUGUACUGGUCCCCAACGCAACUGUCGCCGUCGCGCCCGACAACCACAACACUGGUCCCCUCAUGAAGAGCCCCUGGUCCUGCCAAGUCCUGGUUCUAACCCUGAUCCAGACCCGGAGUCCCCUUUCCCCCCGGGCCACAGCCAUGACCUGGGCCUGCUGGACCACAUGACUGGCAGCUCUGAGCUGGGGACCAUCGGCAUGGUCGGCACGGUCACUCCUGGUGGUCCGAUCAGCAGCAUCCUGGAGGAGGAGAGAUUUAAGCUCCAGACCACCCUGGGUGACGUCACCUCCAUGCCCAGGGAAGAGGCCUGCUCUAAGGGGUCAGAGUUCACAGAGACCGGGGCUGGAGCUAGGGUUGAAGGGUCUGGGUUGUCGGAGGGGGGCGAGCCCUUGGCUGGUGGGAAAGGUAGUGGGACAGAUGCAGUCAAUAACACCUCAGACACUGAGAGGUCAGACGAAGGAAAGGAGGUUAAGAAGAUUCAGACCACUGCUACUACACAGUCCCUCCAUAGUCGUACAGCAGCCCAGUUAGAGCGUGCCCUGCGUGUGGACCUGGGCUUCAGAGGGAUGCCCAUGACAGAGGAGCAGCGCCGCCAGUUCAGCCCUGGCCCUCGCACCACCAUGUUCCGUAUCCCAGAGUUCAAGUGGUCGGCCAUGCACCAGCGCCUCCUCACCGACCUGCUGUUGGCCCUGGAGACAGACGUCCACAUCUGGAGGAGCCAUUCAACCAAAUCCGUCAUGGAUUUUGUCAACAGCAAUGAGAACAUCAUCUUUGUCCACAACACCAUCCACCUCCUCUCUCAGAUGGUAGACAACAUCAUCAUCGCCUGUGGAGGGAUCCUUCCUCUACUCUCUGCUGCCACCUCUCCUUCUGCUGAGUUGGAGAACAUCGAGGCGACCCAGGGCAUGUCUUCAGAGACGGCAGUGUCCUUCCUGUCCCGUCUGAUGGCCAUGGUGGACGUUCUGGUGUUCGCCAGCUCACUCAACUUCUCUGAGAUAGAGGCUGAGAAGAACAUGUCCUCUGGAGGCCUGAUGAGACAGUGUCUACGACUGGUGUGUUGUGUAGCAGUGAGGAACUGUCUGGAUGUUAGACAGAGACAGAGGGACAGAGGGACCAACAGUAAAAGCCAGGACAACCUGUAUGGUGCAGCAUCUGCCAACAAGGACCCUGACAGACUUCUACAGGACGUCGAUAUCAAUCGUCUGAGAGCUGUCGUGUUCCGGGAUGUGGAUGACAGCAAGCAGGCCCAGUUCUUGGCACUAGCGGUGGUCUACUUUAUCUCUGUCCUCAUGGUGUCAAAGUACAGGGACAUCCUGGAACCACAGAGAGAGACCAACAGGAUGAUCAGCCAAUCAGCAUACAGCAUUCGCCACGAGAUCAACUCAUCUACCAGUACAAAGACCCCCCUGGCGUACUCUGACCAAAGUAAGGAGCCCCCCACCCCUGUAGAGGAGCUCCACAUAGAGAGAGGCUGUCUGCCACACACUGACUCUGGCAUUGGAGAGGAACAGAUGGCCAGUGUGUUAAACGGGGCAGACUUGGACACUUCAGGACCCGGGCAAGCUGACGCCAUGUCCUCCCUGCUCGGCAGCCUCUCCUCUGGGGAGAAGCAUAGCCAAGAGUCCCUCUUGGAGCCGCCUGGCCUGGAGGUCCUAAGGACCACCUCCUCCAUCUCCUCCAUCAGCCACUCAAACAUCAAUGUACGAAGAAUCCUGAAGAGCCUAGUGGCUGGGCCUGUAGAGGGGGUGGAACCUGGACCAGAGCCCCUCCCCUACCCAGAUCUUGCCGUACAGAGAGAGACCCAUUCCCCCAUGCUGCCCAUGCAGUUCCACUCCUUUGACAGGAGUGUGGUGGUCCCAGUGAAGAAGCCUCCACCAGGCAGUCUGGCUGUGAACACGGUUGGACACGCAUCCUCCAGCAGCCUGGCAACAGGCUCCACCCCCAACAUCUUUGUUGCAGCCUCCAACACCCCCAAGAGCAUGAUCAACACCACCGGAGCUACAGACUCGGCCUCCUCUUCCUCCACCUCCUCCUCAUCCUUCGUCAACGGGGCCACCAGUAAGAACCUGCCCGCUGUCCAGCCGGUGGCGCCCAUGCCUGAAGACACAGUGGAAAACAUGAGUAUCACUACUAAGUUGGAGCGUGCGCUGGAGAAGGUGGCCCCCCUGCUCAGGGAGAUCUUUGUGGACUUUGCACCGUUCCUCUCUAGGACCCUGUUGGGAAGCCAUGGUCAGGAGCUGCUCAUAGAAGGUUUGGUGUGUAUGAAGUCCAGCACCUCCGUAGUAGAACUAGUCAUGCUGCUCUGCUCUCAGGAGUGGCAGAACUCGAUCCAGAAAAAUGCCGGCCUCGCCUUCAUCGAGCUCAUCAACGAGGGAAGAUUGCUGUGUCAUGCUAUGAAGGACCACAUCGUGCGUGUUGCCAACGAGGCAGAGUUCAUCCUCAACAGACAGAGAGCAGAAGACGUCCAUAAACACGCUGAGUUUGAGUCUAACUGUGCCCAGUACACUGCUGAUCGGAGGGAGGAGGAGAAGAUGUGUGAUCACCUGAUCAGCGCUGCCAAGCACAGAGACCAUGUGACUGCCAACCAGCUUAAACAGAAGAUACUCAACAUCCUCACCAAUAAGCAUGGAGCCUGGGGCAGCCUGGCACAGAGUCAGCUGAAUGACUUCUGGCGUCUGGAUUACUGGGAGGACGACUUACGGAGGAGGCGGAGAUUCGUACGGAACCCCUUUGGCUCCACCCACCUGGACAUCCCCUGCAAGAUGCUUAACGACUAUGGCAGCAAGGAGGAUGAGUUGGUCAAGUCGAAGAAGGGGUUCCACAGCCAGACAGUAGCCAAUCAGAGUCCAGAGACGGACCUGAUGUUGGAUGGAGACGAUGACACUGCCAGUCUGCUGCAGGAGAAAGAGAUGGACAACCUGGCUGGCCCAGUGGUCCUCAGCACCCCGGCCCAGCUCGUGGCCCCGGUAAUAGUGGCACGAGGGACGCUCUCCAUCACGACGACCGAGAUAUAUUUCGAAGUGGACGAGGAUGACCCCUCCUUCAAACUACUUGACUCCACGGUCCUGGCAUACUCAGAGGGUCUGCAUGGUAAAUGGAUGUUCAGUGAGAUCAGAGCGGUCUUCUCCAGGCGAUUCCUGCUCCAGAACACUGGCCUGGAGGUCUUCAUGGCCAACAGGACGUCAGUGAUGUUUAACUUCCCAGACCAAGCCACAGUGAAGAAGGUGGUCUACAGUCUACCCAGGGUCGGAGUAGGAACCAGCUAUGGCCUACCACAAGCCAGGCGUAUCUCCAUGGCGACGCCCCGGCAGCUCUUCAAGUCAUCCAACAUGACCCAGCGCUGGCAGAGGAGGGAGAUCUCCAACUUCGAGUACCUCAUGUUCCUCAACACCAUCGCAGGGAGGACCUACAAUGAUCUGAACCAGUACGCCGUGUUUCCCUGGGUUCUCACCAACUACGAGUCCGAAGAGCUGGACCUCACCCUGCCGGGCAACUUCAGAGAUCUCUCCAAGCCAAUUGGAGCAUUGAACCCGAAGCGUGCAGUGUUCUAUGCAGAGCGCUACGAGACAUGGGAAGAGGACCAGACCCCCCCAUAUCACUACAACACCCACUACUCCACCGCUAACUCCACCCUGCUCUGGCUGCUCAGGAUAGAGCCUUUCACCACGUUCUUCCUGAAAGCUAACAACAACAAGUUUGACCAUCCAGACCGGACCUUCUCAGCCAUCACCCGCUCCUGGAGGCACUGCCAGAGAGACACCUCAGACGUCAGGGAGUUGAUUCCAGAGUUCUACUACCUGCCGGAGAUGUUUGGUAAUAGUAAUGGUUACCACCUGGGCCAGAGGGAGGACGGCAAGAUGGUGUGUGAUGUAGAGCUGCCUCCCUGGGCCAACAAGCCUGAGGACUUUGUCAGGAUCAACCGGAUGGCGCUGGAAAGUGAGUUUGUGUCGUGUCAGCUGCAUCAGUGGGUUGACCUUAUUUUCGGCUACAAGCAGCGCGGGCCUGAGGCGGUGCGCGCCCUCAAUGUCUUUCACCACCUGACCUACGAGGGUUCCGUCAGCCUGGACAGCAUCACUGACCCCGCCCUCAGAGAGGCGAUGGAGAAGCAGAUUCUGAUUGUUGGACAGACUCCGUCUCAGUUGCUCAUCGAGCCACAUCCUCCUCGCAGCUCGGCCAUGCACCUGUGUUUCCUUCCCCAGAGUCCUCUGAUGUUCAAGGACCAGAUGCAGCAGGAUGUGAUCAUGGUGUUGAAGUUCCCCUCCAACUCCCCGGUGACACAUGUAGCAGCCAACACCCUGCCACACCUCUCUGUCCCUGCCGCUGUCACCGUCACCUGCAGCCGACUGUUCGCUGUCAACCGCUGGCACAACACUGUCGGUUUGAGAGGAGCGCCAGGUUACUCCCUGGAACAGGCCCACCACCUGCCCAUAGAGAUGGACCCUCUGAUUGCCAACAACUCUGGGAGUAACAAGCGUCAGAUCACAGACCUGGUGGAUCAGAGCAUCCAGAUCAACACACACUGCUUCGUGGUUACCGCCGACAACCGCUACAUCCUGGUCUGUGGCUUCUGGGACAAGAGUUUCAGAGUCUACUCCACCGAGACAGGUAAGCUGACCCAGAUAGUGUUUGGCCACUGGGACGUGGUGACGUGUCUGGCCAGGUCAGAGAGCUACAUCGGGGGAGACUGCUACAUCGUGUCAGGGUCCAGAGACGCUACUCUGCUACUGUGGUACUGGAGCGGACGACACCACAUCAUAGGAGACAACCCCAACAACAGUGACUACCCGGCACCGCGAGCUGUGCUGACCGGCCAUGACCAUGAGGUGGUGUGUGUGUCUGUGUGUGCCGAGCUGGGACUGGUCAUCAGCGGAGCCAAAGAGGGUCCGUGUCUGGUCCACACUAUAACAGGGGACCUGCUACGGGCCCUGGAGGGCCCAGAUAACUGCCUGUGUCCCCGCCUCAUAUCAGUGUCCAGCGAGGGCCACUGUAUUAUCUGCUACGAGAGAGGACGUUUCUGUAACUUCAGCAUCAAUGGAAAACUACUGGCUCAGAUGGAGGUCAACGACUCAACACGGGCCAUUAUGCUGAGUAGUGAUGGUCAGAACCUGGUGACAGGUGGAGACAACGGGGUGGUGGAGGUGUGGCAGGCCUGUGACUUCAAACAACUCUACAUCUACCCAGGCUGUGAUGCUGGUGUCCGCGCAAUGGACCUCUCUCACGACCAGAGGACUCUCAUCACUGGCAUGGCAUCCGGCAGCAUUGUGGCGUUCAACAUCGACUUCAACCGGUGGCACUACGAGCACCAGAACAGAUACUGAGGGUUACAGAGACGCAGUACAACAUGGCCGCAGGUUUGGAGGACACCUGGACACUACUGUUAACCAACUACACAGGUUAGCUGCUGUUAACUACCUAUACAAGUUAGCUAAUUACGGUAUAAGAGUUAACUAAUGCUAACUAACCUCACAGGUCAACUACAAGUUAACAACAGGUUAACUAACUAACCAUAAACUGUAGGAAUACAGUGAGGUCCGCAAUUAUUGACACCCUUGAUGAAGAUGAACAAUAAUGACUGUAUAAAAUAAAUAAUUCUGAAACUGAGCUAUAUUAUAUGCUCCCAAAAAUGUGAGAAUUAUAUUAUUUUAUGUUAAUAGAAUUGCUUAGAGAAAUAAAUGUUGUUUAACAAGUUUUAAAAAACUAUUCUCAAAAAGGUAGGAGUGAAAAUUAGAGCUCCCUGAAGAUUCUUAUAAAUAAAGUUGUCAAAAGUGUAGUAUUUGGUCCCAUAUCCCUAGCACUACAUCAAGCUUAGGAUCCUACAAACUUGUUGGAUGCAUUUUCAGUUUGUUUAGGUUGUGUUUCUGAUUAUAGAAUGGUAGAAAUGAAUGGUAAAUAAUGUAUUCUGUCAUUUUGGAGUCACUUUUACUGUAAAUAAGAAUAUGAUACGUUUCUAAACAUUUCGUAAUUCAUGUGGAUGCUAUCAUGAUUACAGAUAAUCCUGAGUGAAUAAUGAUGAGUGGGAAAGUUACAGAGGGUCAAAAUCAUACCCCCAAGACAUGCUAACCUCUCACCAUUACCAAUAACACGGGAGUUUAGAAUGUCUUGGGGGUAUGAUCUUUGACCUGUGAUAAUCUGAAGUACCCAAAAGGGCCACUAGAUGUUGUGUGAUAGAUUACAUAAAAUCCUUAAAAGAAACCAAAAUGCUGGUAGUUUAUUGGUAAACUUUAAACAUUUUCAGUAAUACCCUCCCUUUGCAACCUAUAUUUAAAAAUAUAUAUAUUACUUGUUAAACAAAAUAUCCCGUUCUCUGAGCAAUUGAAUUAGUGUAAAAUAAGACUUUUUAGAAAUUACACAAUAUGGCUCAGUAUUUGAAUUAUUUCUUUUAUACAGUAAUUUUUGCUCAUAUUUAUCAAGGGUGUCAAUCAUUUCAGACCCCACUGUAGAUACUAAGGCCUAGAAAAAGACAGGUUAAAAUAUAGGUCAACUGAUGAUCUUAGAAGAAGAGGUCAGUUAUAGUGCUACAGUGACAGUUUCUUUCAACACUGAUUUUAAAACAUGAUUUUAUUCAACUGGUCAUAUUUAAAACUGUGAAAAAUACAAUAAACAAACCUACGGUUAAUAACGUUUAUACAACAUUUGUAUGUCAAAUACAUAUCAAACUUGGGACACUUUUCUAGGAAAAAAGGAAAAAACUGUUGUAUAUAGGGAUGAUGGAAAGAGUUUAUUUCCAGAAAAGAUUUGAAAAGAACAAGACGUCUCCAUUUAGUCUCCCUUUUGACAGUUGAACCAUAAUUCUCUGUUCCAAACCGUGACCUGACUCCCUCACAUCGUAUCUUAGGGUGCGUCCAAAAUGGUACCCUGCUCCCUUUUAUAGUGCGCAACAUUUGAUCAGGACUCAUAGGGCUCUGGUCAAAAGAAAGUCACUAUAAAGGGAUUAGCGUGCCAUUUGGGACGUAGAUUAGUUGGUUUGUAAUAAUGACUGAUAGUUGGUCUCCCAUCACAGUAGUCUAUUGAUGUAGGUGUCAAAAACAACAAAUUGUUCUAUGUUAAUUUGAUAAUGUGUUUACAUGUCUGUAAGGGCAAUUUCAGAACUCUACGUACUGUGUGAAAUGUGUCCAUUGUAAUUGUAAUUUGUUUCUUAAUCACGUUUCACAUUAUUAGCAGGAAAUAACAAUCCUUGUAAUGAUUUCCAUCCCAUUUGUUGUUCGGUAACAAUUUGAUUUAUAUUUCAACAAAGGCAAGGAUUUAAAAUGACUUUUAUCUACUUUUAAAAUGACUACCACAGGCUAGUCAGGUUUAGCACUGAAUUCUUUAGUCGUCGUGGUUUGUAUUUCCAGCUAAUGGAUUGAUAAGGAAGGCAGUGCAAGACAUCAGUUGUAGAAACUCUGGAUGAUAACUAUGGCAACUCAAUAUGAAAACUAUCAAUACCAUGAGUUUAUUAAAGCCUGCAAUCCAGACCUGUUUUGUACUACCAUUCCACUCAUUGUACUCUGUGUCAUAUGCCAAACAUCACAUGAUAUUUGGCAUGGCAAGUAGUGGAAAGGAAUGUAAUGUUAGUGCAAACAGACUGAUACCCAGGCUAAAUGAAAGGUUGGGGCAUGUAGCUAACCUAACCAAGAAAAGGCUAUAGUCAUUCCAAAAAUGAUUCUUAACUAUUUUGAAUAAACAGAAAAUAUUACAACAAUGUUAAAUAUACCACAUGUGAGUUGACAGUAAGAUGAAAAGGAACAAACUAAAUGAUAUUAUGCAAAGAGUUUGGAUUUGCAGUGUAAUGGUACAGACAGCAGCCUAGCUAAACCAGGGGCUCUACAUGCAGAGACCCACAGUGGCUGUAGUAUGGAAAAUCCAUCUUACUUUACUGGUUUGAUUCAUAAUAACCAUCCAUAUGAAUUUGACAUUCUGGGUUCAUUUAGAAUAUUUGACAAAUAUUUGUGUAAGGAGGAUUUAGCUAAAUAAAUGCAUUUUAUUUGUGUUGACAUUAGCACUGCAAUUUGAUGUCGUUUUUUUAAACAACAUUUCUUAUUGCUUUCAAUUUUUUGUUUUGAUUUGUAUGUAAUAUAUUUUGUUGAUAUAAGUAUAUCAUAUGAUUUUACAAGUUAUUUGUAUUUAUCUAUUGUUUUUUGCGUAUGUUGCAUUUUCUGAGGUAUUUUCCUUGUGUUUGUUGGAAGCAGUUUUACAUUAAGCUCUGCCAAUAUAUACAGAUUGAUCAACUGUGCAAUAUAAAAUUGGUUUCCUUUUUGUUGUAUUUCUAAUAAAAAUGAAUAAAGCAA